AAACCUCCUCCCGUGAUGUGCGCUCCUAGAAAGCAUCUCCGGCGCGAGUAUCUUUAUAAAAAGUUCUAUCUCAUAGCAGUACCAGAUUCGAUAUUCCUACGGACUUUAUCUACCUGUGACAAUUAUCCGUCGUGAUUCAUAAGUUCCAAGAUGCGAUCUUGUUCAAUACUGAUUAAUCUCGUUUGCGUUAUCACCGUAUCGUAUACGGUUUCGGGACACCCUUUUUCAUUCCUGCCGCGGCAUGCCGUUGAACGAGCUGCCGAACGUAGAAGCAUAAACAGGCAAAUGAUAGAGCACAAUUCCAAUUUCCUAACACCAUUGUCGGAAUAUGGGACACGAACUGAAUCGAAGCCUGUAGAGCCAUGGACUAAAAUCACACAGAAUCCAGUAAACGGCAUCGAAACCAUUGUGGGAAGCAAAGUGGAAUUGGAAUGCAAAGCUAGCGGCAGUCCUCCACCAGAAAUUCUCUGGUUUACAGGAAGCGGUAGUAACGAACAACUGAUCGAAUAUGUGAAAACCAGUACGCAUUCUUUGUACGAUCCAUCCGAAGAGUGGAAAGGAGUGGCCAGAAUUAAUUCGAAACUCGUGAUAGAAUGCGUUACUCCGGAUGAUGCUGGAUUGAUCUACUGUGCGUCGGUUUCUGCGAGAGAGGUGAAGAUCUCCACUCCUACGGUGCUGCUGGUUAACAACGAAGGUGGUGCCAGUAACUGCAGUUCUGAAAGCGACCCAGUAAUUACUCUUUACUCGCCUACUCUGGUAGCCACUAUUGGAGCAACAGUUGUGUUGCCUUGCAGAGCAAGUGGAAAACCAACACCACAAAUCACUUGGGUGGAUAACUACAACAUACCUCUAACUCUGUCAACUAACUUGCGACACAGAGUAUUGGACAACGGUGACCUAAUAAUAGAAGAACUUUUAUGGGAAGACAUGGGUGGCUACACUUGCCAAGCCAAGUCUAAAAAUCGUCAACAAGUCAUCAGCACGUUCCUCUAUCCUUUGCGUCCCGAAAAGGAAGUGGCUCGAACAAUCAACUAAACAAUUAUU